AUGACGACGCUGUACGGAACAACGGAGAGCGGGAUAUAUCCCAACGAGCUCACAGAUCCAGAAGAUGGGGAAUACAUAUCUUUCACCUCCCUGUUUCCGUACGAGAUGCGGCCCGUGUGUCAGGAUUUGUAUGAGAUCGUAAUAGUGCGGCGGGAGAAUGGCGAUGCGUUUGAGGAGAUCUUCAAAGUCCACCCCGACUUAGAGAAAUGGAGAGUCCAGGAUCUCUUUUCAAAGCACCUGAAUAAAGGCGAUGUAAAGCUCUACCGCGGGCGGACCGAAGACCUCAUCGUCUCUGCACUGGGCGAGACCUUGCCGAAGAGUAUGGAAGGCAUGAUCGAAUCGCGUCCAUUGGUCGAUGCAGCGCUGGUGACCGAUCGAGGCCAAGCAGGCCUGGCGUUACUUGUGGAGCCCUAG